AUGUCUUUCCGUGGGCGUGGCUCCGCCACCGGUGCGAACCGGGGUGGCUUCGGUAACCGUGGUGGCCGCGGAGGCUUCCAACAAUCUUUCGGUCCCCCCGCUCAAGUCCUCGAGUUGGGUACUGUCAUGCACUCCUGCGAGGGUGAGAUGGUCUGCGAGUCGGUCAACCCCAAGAUCCCCUACUUCAACGCUCCGAUUUAUCUCGAGAACAAGACUCAAAUUGGCAAGGUUGACGAGGUCCUCGGCCCAAUCAACCAGGUGUAUUUCACCGUCAAGCCCCAGGAAGGCAUUGUCGCAACCUCGUUCAAGACUGGCGACAAGGUCUACAUCGGUGGUGACAAGCUGCUUCCUCUCGAGAAGUUCCUCCCCAAGCCCAAGGCUCCCCUGGGUGCCAAGCCCAAGCGUGCCGGCGGUGCCCGCGGUGGUGCCCCUCGCGGCCGUGGUGGAUUCGGUGGUCGUGGCCGUGGUGCCCCCGUGGUGGUGGUGGUCGCGGCGGUAGCUUCGGUGGCCGCGGUGGUGGUGGCUUCGGUGGUCGCGGCGGCGGUGGUCGCGGUGGUUUCUCCCGCGGCGGCGGUCGUGGUGGCCCGCGUGGCGGUGGCUUCCGUGGUCGGUGAAGAUACUUCUGACUGA